AUGCUGACCAGCUUUAUAGAGGGUCUUCUCUGCUGCCUGUCCUCAAAGUCAACAAACGUUGUUGGUCCUGUAGAAACCUCAGAACUAGCUGAUGGCUAUGAGUUUGUGGAGGUUAAACCAGGCCGUGUCCUUCGGGUUCGACAUAUUAUCCCUGACCGGCCGGUGGUGGAGGAACCCACUGGGACGGGAGGGACGGUCAGCUGCAAGCGGAAGAUCACAGUGUAUCGUAAUGGACAACUGUUUAUUGAGAACUUGGGUGCAGAGCAGAAGAGCUCCCAGAAUGGAGAGACAGAACCAAAUAACCCAGUUGAGGGUGAAAAAGAGGGGACAGCUGAAACUGGAGCAAGAGAAGAAGUACCGGCUGCUGGAACGACUGACCAGCAGCAGCAACCCAGGAAGAGAAGAUGGAAGCCCAAGCGCACUGUGAUGAUCGACUGUGAGAGGAAGAUAUCAGCCUGUAAAGGGACACAUGCAGACGUGGCUCUGUUCUUUAUCCAUGGAGUGGGAGGCUCACUGGAUAUCUGGGGAAACCAGUUGGACUUCUUCUCUAAACUGGGAUACGAGGUGAUCACCCCGGACCUGGCAGGUCACGGGGCCAGCUCAGCACCAAAGAUAGCAGCUGCAUACACUUUCUAUGCCCUGGCUGAGGACAUGAGACUCAUAUUCAAGAGAUAUGCACGCAAGAGGAAUAUUCUAAUAGGACAUUCUUAUGGCGUGUCCUUCUGUACCUUCCUGGCCCAUGAGUAUCCGGACCAGAUCCACAAGAUGGUGAUGAUCAAUGGAGGUGGUCCCACAGCGCUGGAGCCCAGCCUCUGCUCCAUCUUCAACCUGCCCACCUGUGUGCUUCACUGCCUCUCCCCGCUGCUAGCCUGGAGCUUUCUAAAGGCUGGCUUUGCUCGGCAGGGUGCCAAGGAGAAGCAGCUUCUGAAAGACAACAAUGCCUUCAACGUGUCGUCCUUUGUGCUGCGCGCCAUGAUGAGCGGGCAGUACUGGCCGGAGGGGGACGAGGUCUACCAUGCUGAAAUCACAGUCCCUGUCCUGCUGGUUCACGGCAUGCACGACAAGUUUGUCCCCAUCGAAGAAGACCAGCGCAUGGCGGAGAUCCUCCUAUUGGCCUUCCUGAAAGUCCUGGAGGACGGCAGUCACAUGAUCAUGAUGGAGUGUCCUCAGGCUGUCAACACACUCCUGCACGAGUUCAUCCUGUGGGAGCCGGCCACACCUGCCCCUCCAAAGAAAGACUCUAAAGCACGUCCAGAAACUGCCAAAGCCCGAACUGAAAACACAAAGUCUUUAUCCGAACCUUCUAAUGCUCGACCUGCAACUGCAAGGCAAAUGUCAUCCAACAGCGGCACAGCGGAGAAACCAGACAGCAAGACCAAGAAAUGACUGAAACGUUAAGCUGAAGCUACCAGUGUCAUGGCUGGCCAUGCACUAUUCGAAUCCUGAAUAUCUUAGACUGUUUAGGCUGUUGCAACUGAAUGUUGGACAUCUGAAAAUGUGACCGAAUGAAGGGAUUUAAGUCUGAUCAGUUAUGUCAGCUGAUGGGCUGAGGGACAGAGAAA